AUGACCACUUCAAACUACUCAAUCUACGCCAUCCCCGCCUUCUACAUCCUCGCCCUCGUCCCGCAGUUCUACAGCCACCUACUCGUAAUUCGCGCGACAAACGGCCGGUUCGACAACGUCAACCCGCGCGGCGCCUCGUUCGCGGAAACAUGCAAGAAGAGCCUUGACAAAGCUACCUGGGGCCGCUCCGAGCGAGCCAGAGCCGCCCAUACUAAUGCGCUGGAGAACUUGCCUCUGUUUGCGUCGGCGGUCAUCUGUGCCAACAUGGCGGGGUUGGAGAAGGGAAUGGUCAAUUCGGUGAGGAUACUUGUUUACCCACUUUGCUAUUUGAAGUCGUUACCGCUCUCGGAGACGUACUAUGGCAUGAUACUUGUUUCUGUCCUUAUCAUACUCUCUUCGUCAUGCUUCAGCCUGCUUGCAAUAGGCAGUGACGCUGACUUGAAGAACUUGAAGAUGUGUGGGGCAUUCCUAGGAUUGAGGGUUGUUUAUACGUUUGUGUACAUUGUCGUUGAGAGUCCAAAGCUCGCAUUGACGAGAACAUUGGUUUGGAUGACGAGUGUCGGGUGCUGCAUGACGUUACUGUUCAAAGCGGGAAACGUGCUUGUGGAUGGGAAGGGGAUGCGGUUAUGA